AUAACACUGUCCAAAUCUCUUGCUGCUUGCGAGAUGUUGAGCGCUUGAUAUAUCUCAAAUAGGCUGAGGUUACACGACUUCGUCCGAAAACAAUUGCGACCAUAUCUGAAUUCGUCCUCUUCAAGACCUCGUCUCUUCGCCUGCCUCCAUAGUGCCCUACCCGUGAGCAUGUCGGACCCUAAGGACUACACCGUCGGCUGGAUCUGCGCUAUAGUUACGGAAUACGUUGCUGCUCAAGCUUUCCUCGACGAAAGGCACGAUGGACCAAAAUAUGUGCUCCCUCAUGACAACAACGAUUACACACUCGGCAACAUUGGAAAACAUAAUGUCGUUAUUGCUGUCUUGCCUGAAGGAGAAUACGGUAUUUCCUCGGCAACAAGCGUCGCAAGAGACAUGCUCCACACCUUUCCUAACGUUAGAAUCGGUCUGAUGGUUGGCAUCGGCGGCGGCGCACCAAGUUCAAAGCAUGAUAUCCGCCUAGGCGACAUUGUAGUCAGUACUCCUCGUGAUGGAAAGGGUGGUGUGUUUCAGUAUGACUUUGGCAAAGCGAUCCAAGAUCAGAGCUUUCAGCCCACCGGAUUCUUAAACCAGCCACCAACAGUCCUACGGACUGCAGUUACUGGACUUAAGGCACAGUAUGAAAGCGAAGGUCAUCGGUUUGAAGAGGCUAUUAACAGUAUUCUCGAGAAGAAACUAAGGCUGCGGGAGAAGUAUCAGCGUCCUGCCCCAAGUAGCGACCGACUGUAUCAAACUGGAGUCGUACAUCCUCUAAAUGAUGAAAGAAACUGUGCGGUAGCCUGUGGUGACCACCCGUUGAACUUAGAACCGCGAGGCGAACGGACUGAAGUAGAGGAUAAUCCAGCAAUUCACUACGGUCUGAUUGCUUCGGCGAACCAAUUGAUGAAGGAUGCCUUGCUUCGAGAUAAGUUUGCAAAAGAAUACGAUAUUCUAUGUUUUGAGAUGGAAGCAGCUGGUUUAAUGAACCAAUUUCCCUGCCUAGUCAUUCGUGGCAUCUGCGACUACUCCGACACCCAUAAGAACAAGGAGUGGCAAGGGUAUGCGGCAAUGGCAGCGGCUGCAUACGCAAAAGAUCUUCUCUGCAGAAUUCUCCCAAACAAGGUCGAAGCUGAGAGUAGGAUCAGCGCUAUUUUCUCUAGUGCGCUUGGCGCUAUAUCAAAUACUAGAACAAAUGUAGAAACGAUAAGGUCUAGGUUGGAUAGAUACGAGAAGGUUGAGAUCCUUACGUGGCUUACCCCAAUAGACUAUGGCCCUCAGCAAAGUGACAACUUUAAAAGGCGACAAUCGGGAACUGGCCAAUGGCUUUUAGACUCUGGAGAGUACCAGACUUGGCUGACAACAGAUGAACAGACGUUAUUCUGUCCAGGCAUUCCCGGAGCAGGAAAGACGAUCCUUACAUCAAUCAUCCGGAAAUACGAGCAGAAGAUUGAUGACUUGCUAGAGAGUCUGCUAAAACAACUCGUGCAGAGCCAAUCUUCACUGCCAAUUUUUGUCAUUAUCGAUGCACUUGAUGAAUGCCAGGCAUCUGAUGGCUGCCGGGCUAGGCUACUCUCAGAGCUCUUUACCCUCCAGAAUAUACAUAAAACCAAUAUCUUAGCAACCUCGAGGUUUAUUCCUGAUAUUGUUAAUCAAUUCGAAGGCAAGAGUGAAUCUUUCGAGAUUCGUGCAAGCCGUGAGGAUAAUCAACAAUUACAAAGCGAAAUUAAGGUUUCAAUCUCAGAAGCUGUCGAUAGAAAGUUUCUUUUAGCGCAGAUCUAUAUUAGGUCAUUAAACGACAAGGUAACUUCAAAAGCUAUUAGAGAUGUAUUACAAGACAUCCGGAAGCAAACCUCUGGAUUGAUUUUAUCGUGGAUCACCUGCGCUAAAAGACAAAUAACGACAACAGAACUUCGACGCUCGCUUGCUGUAGAAUUUGGUAAGCCAAAACUUGACAAAGAUAACCUCCCAGAAAUUCAAGACAUGGUCUCAGUAUAUGCUAGAUUAGUCACGGUUGAUGAAGAGAGUAACAUUAUCUGGUUGGUCCAUUAUACAACGCAGGAAUACCUCGAGAAGACAUGGAGUUCUUGGUUUCCAGAUGCCCAGAAAGACAUUAUAAAAGCCUACGUUACCUACCUUUCAUAUAACGUCUUUCAGACGGGUUUCUGUCAGUCUGAUAAAGAGUUUGAGGCACGAUUGCAGACGAAUAUCCUUUAUGACUAUGCAGCGCGAUAUUGGGGUCAUCAUGCGCACAUAGCAUUGAUUACAGAAGACUUAAUUCUCAACUUUCUAGAGAGCAGAGCUAAGGUCUCCGCCGUCAGGCAGGCGAUGAUAGCACUUGAGGGGCAAAUAAUAGGUCUGCUAAACAAUGGGAGUGAUCUGGGCAAGACAGGCAAGGUCAACGCCGACUUGAAGAAUCGGUACGGGCAGACACCACUAUCGUUGGCGGCAGUCGGCGGGAACGGGGCGGUAGCCAAGCUGCUGCUCGAGACAGUCAAGGUCGACGCCGACUCGAAGGAUCAGGACGGGCAGACACCGCUAUCGCAGGCGGCAGCGGUCGGGCACGAGACGGUAGCCAAGUUGCUGCUCGAAACAGGCAAGGUCAACACCGAAUCGAAGGAUUCGUUUGGGCAGACACCGCUAUCAAGGGCGGCAGGGGGCGGGAACGAAGCAGCAGUCGAGCUGCUGCUCGAGACAGGUAAAGUCGACGCCGACUCGAGGGAUCAGUACGGGCGGACACCGCUAUCGAAGGCGGCAGCGAACAGGCACGAGGCGGUUGUCAAGCUGCUGCAGUCGCACUCUAAUCUUUCUUAG